AUGGUGUAUAAGAAGGGGAGGGAAAGUGGGCGUGGAGACACAGAGAGAGGAGAGAGUGGGGAACUGCCGAAAAACGGGCCGUCUGGCGGGCGCGGACUGCCGAAAAGCGAACAGUCGGCAGUCGAAUCGCGCGCCAUGAACUCUGAACCCAGCACUUCUUCCGAAGAUCAGGACGAAUACAAAAGGAUAUCUGCAUUGUCACAAGUAGAACUAACAUUGAUGGGUGAUCUAGAAGAUGUGGAUGUGCCACCGGAUCUUUUCGAAAAUGCCAAAAAUGCAUGCAUAGAGAGGAUCGGAGCAAUUUUGGAAUUUUCAAAAGGCGGACCACUGGGAGGCGAUGAACAUUGUGGAAUUCAUGUGUUGAAUGAGGAGCAGCUAAGGAAAAUGAACGAAUGGAGGAGCGAGAACUUCCCGGCAGAAGCUCCAAAAGAUCCAAAUGAGUCAGAUCCAGCAGAAAAAGCGCUUCCUUCGAUCAUCGUGGAACCUUCCGAAGCUCCCGGUCCAUCGGAGGCGUCAGAAGACAACAUUCGAAAUUUGGAUUCAGCGGAAGAAGCUGUUCCGGAGACUUCAGAAGGCAGAUCAGAGCCACAGACAGAGCCGCAGGUGGUUCCAGGAAGUCAAGGAUCAGAGGAUCUAGAACACAAAAACCAAAGUUCAGCGCUUCCACUUCCCGCGAAACGACGUCCAGGAAGGCCAAGAAAGAAGAAGAAUCAGAAUUUGGAGGAUAAAGAGUCUGAAGCUAGAGAUCCGGACUUCAUAGAACCAUUGGACCUGGAAAUUCCGGAUACACGAAACGCCAACAGCAUUGACAACUCAAAACAAGCUCCAGCUCUGGCUCGUGGAUAUGAUAAGGUUCCAGUCCAAGAAAAGAGAGUCGAAGAUAAAAUAGAAGAUCAAGCUGGCACAUCGGGACCUUCUGAUAAGCUCGUGGAACAAGGAAACAGUCAAAAAGGAGAGAAAGUGGAUAGGAAGGACGGAAUGAAGAUGGACCAAGGAUCGUCUCAAAGGAAGAAGAAACAGAAGACUGAGGCCGAAAAACUGAUGGCAAUGGAUUUUGGACCAAAGGCUGGAGGAAGUCUUCGAGAUAUUCAAGCUAGAUCGUCUAAACAAAAGCUAUGGACCAAUCAAGUCCAAUUGGAGCAAAGAAAAAUGCUAGAAGAAUCAGUGGAUCAUCCAAAGCUGUCGAUAUCCAACCGAGUAGCGAGGAAAUCCAAGGAGUUGGAGCCAGUCGUGCUUUCCGAGGCUUCCGAUUUUCCAGUGAUGGAUAUUCCAGAAGGAUCAGAACUAUCAGAUCAGCUAGUCAAUCUGGAUGAACCGGAAUCCAUGGAUCUAGAUCAGUAUGCUCCGGUUUCGACUUCCGAGGCUUCCAUUGCUUCCGAUUCUCCAGUGGAGGACCCACUAGUCAAUCUGGGUCCUAAUACGACUUCCAUAGCUUCCAAUUUUUCAGUGAAGAAUCUACUAGAAGGAUCAGAAGGUUUGGAUCCACUAGAAGAUCUAGACACACCUGCAAAGAAGUCCGAGCCGAUUCCAGAUGUUCCAAAUGCAACAAUCAGAAGAUCAACAGUCCAGAAAGUUCUAGAACCACCAGCUGAGCCAAAAGAAGACCCAUUCAAGUGUUCAAACCGUUUAGCUAUCCUGAAAACCAAGAGAAACGCGCUUCCAGAUUUUUCAAGCGCCUCAAAAAGGGCUAAACUUCUAGUUCCAAGCAUCGUGAAGCCUUCAGACCCUAAUUUAGAUUCAGCAGCUUCAGCAGAGGAAGCUCCUGGUCCAUCGAAGUUAUCAGAAGGCAAAUCAGAGAGACAGACAGGUCAGGAGGCAGUGCCAGAGAAUCAAGAAGCAAGCACGGUUCCAGUAGAUCGAGAAAUUUCGGGCCCAGGGGAUCAAGGAUCUGAGGAGCAAGAAUCAGAGGGUCAAGGACCAAAGGAUCAAGAACAAGUAAUCCCAAUUCCCGCCAAACGACGUUCAGGAAGACCAAGAAAGGAGCAGAAUCAGAAUUUGGAGGAUAAAGAGCCUGAAGCUAGAGAUGCGGACUUCAUUGAACCAUUGGACCUGGAAAUUCCGGCUACACGGAACGCCAACAGCAUUAACAACUCUAAACAAGCUUUAGCUAAACAAGCAGAAGCUUCAGAGGCGCCAGCUGAGUCAGCUCCAGCUCCAAAACCAGCGUACGGACCGCACGCCGUAAUCAAAGAAAUUCCAGAGUGGAUCAGGAAGUACGAGGUGUUCGAAGAGGAUCUUCCCAAACAUGGCAGACCUUGGCUCUUCCCACUGGACCAUUAUCGACCGGGCGGUCCUAAGGCACCAGAUCCGCGAUUCAAACUCAUGGAUCAAUACAUCGAAGAAAUGAGAGUGGCUCGUGGAUAUGAUAAGGAUCCAGUCCAAGAAAAGAGAGUGGAAGAUGAAAUAGAAGAUCAGGCUGGCACAUCAGGACCUUCUGAUAAGCUCGUGGAACAAGGAAACAGUCAAAAAGGAGAGAAAGUGGAUAGGAAGGACGGAAUGAAGAUGGACCAAGGAUCGUCUCAAAGGAAGAAGAAACAGAAGACUGAAGCCGAAAAACUAAUGGCAAUGGAUUUUGGACCAAAGGCUGGAGGAAGUCUUCGAGAUAUUCAAGCUAGAUCGUCUAAACAAAAGCUAUGGACCAAUCAAGUCCAAUUGGAGCAAAGAAAAAUGCUAGAAGAAUCAGUGGAUCAUCCAAAGCUGUCGAUAUCCAACCGAGUAGCGAGGAAAUCCAAGGAGUUGGAGCCAGUCGUGCUUUCCGAGGCUUCCGAUUUUCCAGUGGGGAAUAUUCUAGAAGAUUCAGAUCGACUAGUCAAUCAAGGUAGACCAGAAUCCAUGGAUCUAGAUCAGUGUGCUCAUAAUGCGACUCCCAUAGCUUCUAGUUCUCCAGUAAAGGAUCUUCGAGAAAGAUCAGAAAGUUCCGAUCUUCUAGUCGAUCUGAAUGGAUCCCAGGUCGUUCCAAAUGUUCCAAACUCAACAAACAGAAGAUCAUUUGUCCAGGAAGAACCAGAACCAUCAGUCAAGCCAGCUACGCCAAAAGAAGAUCCAGCGGAUUCUCCGAUCCAAGUAGCUAUCAUAAAAUCCAAAGGAAACGCGCUUCCAGAUACUUCAAGCUCCUCAGAGAGGGCCAAAAUUCUAGUUCCAAGCAUCGUGAAGCCUUCAAAAGCUCCUAGUCCAUCGGACGGUUUAGUAGGUAACAUUAGAAAUUUGGAUUCAGGAGAAGAAGCUUUUCUGGAGUCUUCAGAAGGCAAAGAAGAGAGGCAGACAGAGCCGGAGGUGGUACCAAGAAGUCAAGGAUCCAAAACGGUCCCAGUUGGAGGAUUAGUGAUCUUACAAGAACCAGGAAAUCAAGGUCCAGUGAUCCCAAUUCCCGCAAAACGACGUCCAGGAAGGCCAAGAAAGAAGAAGAAUCUGAAUUUGAAGGAUAAAAAGCCUGAAGCUAGAGAGCCGGACUUCAUAGAACCUUUAGACUUGGAAACUCUGCCUACAUGGAACGGUAUGGACAACUCUUUUCCGGAUGUUGACGAGCCAGGUCCAGUUCCAAGCAUCGUGAAGCCUUCAGUUGUCAAAAAUCGGCAUGCAGCAGGUACAGCAAAGGUAGCUGCUGCUUCGUCGGAGCUUUCAGAUCGCAACACAGGUCCGAAGCCAGUGCAUGGAUCAAAAACGGUGCUAGUAGAUCAAAGAUCAGUGAUACCAAGCAUUGCCAAACGACGUCCAGGGAAGCCAAGAAAGGAGAAAGAGUCUGAAACCAGAGAGCCGGACUUCAGAGUACCCGUGGACAUGCCAGCUACACGGAUCACUAAACUAUUAUCUCCCGAGCCAAGAGAAGUGCCAAAAACCAGGGUUACUAGGCUUCUGAGUCGCCCGCCAAUCGAAACACCGGACCUUGAUGAUACUCGGAGACUCGUCCCGUCGACCUCUCAACAAGGGCCAUCUCGAGAUUUUGCUGAAAAAUCUGAGCCUAAGAGGAGGAGAAAUGCUAGAAGUAGACAUAUGGAUGCAAUCAGAAUGGUUCAAAUGGGCCGUCCUCGAGGCACACUCCAGACGGACAGGCAUCAGAAGAAGGCGUCAGAAGUCGUUGAAGAUUCUGGAGACGACGAUGACGAUGUCGAAGAAGAGAAGCCAGUGUGCAAUUGGAAUUCUUGUGGGACAGUUUUCUCGAAGAAUAAGAAAUUCUACAAGCAUGUCAAAAACCAUGUUCUUGACGAUACGAUAACCCGACGGAAUCUUGACAGUGACCCGACGGAAUUCUACAAGUGUCGAUGGGCGGGAUGUACGCGAACGGAACCGUUUGAUGCCUAUCAAAAGAUGGCGAAACAUAUGAGAGGACAUACUAAUGAGAAACCGUUUAAUUGUGUGGUACGGGAAGCGCAAUUUUGA